AGUGGCCCACCAACAGAGAGGGAAAAUUUAAACACUCAUAAGUCCCGCCAACGUGCUCACGACCACACUCGGAAAUAUAUACGCUCCGGCAGUUGACCUUUGACCUCCGUGUCCAUCUGAUGGCAUUAUGGACCCUGAAGUGACUCAGACUGAAGAGUUGCCGCUGCUGGUGGUGGUCAGUAGUCUGAUCACUCUAUGUGUGCUGGUGAUCACCACAAUGUGGAUGUGCUGGAGGGUGAAACGUGCAAUAAGCAGACAAUCAGAGGAGAGCAAUGAGACCGAUGAGUUUAUACUGCCUGAAAACACACCGUCCACACAAACACAGAACACAGAGCCAGCACAGGAUGACCCCCCCGAUGAAGAGAAUGAAGAGGAUGAAGAGGAUGAAGAGGAUGAAACUGAGGAAAGAGACGACAGUUAAAGCAGCUUUGUGGUUAACCUCAAACUGUUCACUUUGUCUUUGUUUUCACUUUUUAUGGUUGAAACCCUUCCCCACUGAUCACUCUUCAGUUUGGGAUCACCUAGCUUUUCUAUUUUUUUUUAUGUAAACAGCUGGCCAUGUUUUCUUUAUCGUUUUGCUUGCCUUAUUAAACUUACUUAUAACGUGUACCUUAAUAAAUAGAAAGCUGUUUAGAUUUUUUUUUUUUUCCAAAGGAGCUGAAGCCCUAGCUUGUAAAAAAUGAUACAGCACUCAAACCUGUCAGGUGUUUAAACCACCUUAGAGGCCGAAAGAGUUUCAAUAUGAGCUUUUAACAAUAGUUAGGAAAAGUAAACUGUCAAAUUAUUAUUUAGACAAAUGAAGCUGAGUGCUGAAGACAAAUAUGCACAAAGGAUUAGCACAGAGCAGCUCUGUGAGCAAAUAAACCUUUGCCUUGCUUAAGAAGUAUGAUUGCAAAUAAAACUAGGAAAUUUAAAAAAGAUAAAAGUGUCCUCUACUUUUUGAUGUGCAGUGUAUAUACAGCACAUGAUUGUGUUUGCUCGUUUCUGUAAGUGCUUACUUACUUUGUUUGGUGUGACGGUCUGUGAUAGUAAAAUAAAGAUAUUGAUUAGA